AUGCCGUUACCACAUCCCAAGCCGAUGCCAUCCUACUGGCUCUCAUACGAUUCCAACCUGCAGAAUCAUCGGACGACCGAGACCCUCCCACAAGAGGCAGAUGUGGUAGUAGUAGGCGCGGGCUACACUGGCGCGGCCACUGCAUACUAUAUGCUGGAAAAUUCAGAUAGCAAAACGCCGUCAGUCGUGAUACUAGAAGCACGCGACAUCUGCUCCGGGGCCACUGGGCGCAAUGGCGGACACAUCAAACCAGAUGUCUAUUUCAACGCUGUUCUCGGUGAAAAGAUGUUUGGCCUCCAGAUGGCACAGGAACUCACGAGAUUCGAGAUGCAGCAGGUCUUCGAUGUCAAAAGACUGGUCGAAACGGGGCAGAUUGACUGUGACUUUGAGCUUACCAGGGCCAUUGACGUGUUCGUGGAUCCUCGAGUCGCCAAGCAGACAAUUGCGGCUUUCAAAGAGAUGAAGGCAAGAGGAUAUCAGUUCUCGGAUGACCUCCACUUCAUCCAAGAUCCAAAGAAGGCCGAGCAGGUCUCGGGCGUCAAGGGCGCAUUGACAGCCUUCACGUUUACAGCUGGGACGGUAUGGCCAUACAAGCUGGUUUGUCAUCUACUGCGUCGCUGUCUGGAGUGGGGCGCAAGCUUGCAGGCAAACACUCCCGUCACUAGAAUCUCGGAGACGGCGGAUGGCAGUGGCCGUUGGACCGUCACCACCCCUCGAGGUGUAGUCAGGGCGAAAAAGGUCGUUUUCGCUACAAACGCUUACCUCUCUACAAUCCUGCCGGAAUUCCGGGACAAGAUAACACCAGCAAGAGGUGUUGCAUGCAGGAUCGCAGUACCGGCCAAUGCCAAGAAGCCCGCGCCACAUCUCAACAACUCGUACAGCAUUCGCUACGGGCCUCAAGAGUAUGACUACCUCGUCUCUCGAACGGACGGAAGCGUCGUGGUGGGAGGCGCGAAACAAGCGGUUCUCCUCGAUGAGGCAUAUUGGCAUAACAACAUCGACGAUUCAGAGCUGAUACCGGGUGCAGAGAAGUACUUCACCGGCUAUAUGCAGCGCAUGUUCCAUGGCUGGGAAGAUUCAGGGGCAGAGAUCACUGAUAUCUGGACUGGGGUCAUGGGCUAUUCUUCAGACCUCGUGCCUUGGGUCGGAGAGAUGCCAGGAAGGCCAGGCGUUUUUGUGAACGCAGGCUUCACCGGUCAUGGCAUGCCUCGGAUCCUCGGUUGCUCUAAGGCACUUGCGGCUCUUGUUCGCGGGGACGUACAAUCGUUGAAGGACACGAGCCUGCCUGCGCCUUACUGGAUCACCGAGGGAAGACUCCGAUCCGAAAAGAGCAUCACUCGUGAGUACAUGGCCGGCUCGAGACCGUCACUUUGA